GCCUAUAACAAAUUCCCCUGGGGAAGACUGUCCUGGGUACCAUGACUGCGGGAAGGUACCUGCUGCUCUUGCUGGGCAUUGCCCUGCUGUCGAACUUCAUGCAAGCUCUGACAUGUAUCCAGUGUGAUCUGAGGAAUGCUGAUGGAGUUUGUGAGAAACAGGAGAGCUCCUGCCAGACUUACGGCAGCCAGAGGUGCUUCCUGCGGAAGAUCUAUGAUGACGACAAGUUCCAGUAUGCUCGGCAAGGCUGCAGUGACCUGUGCAUCCCCAUGGCCCUCUUCAAUAAGAAAUCGAAAGUGCAGUUUCUGUGCUGUGAUAACGCAUCUUUCUGUAAUAGGCUCUAAAAGGUCCGGCCCGCCUCCCCGGCUCCUGCAUUCCCCAAAACUUCCCCACUUCAGCCUUUGUUUGUUCUGCGGCCUCAACCUCAGGGCUGUCUUUCCCCAGCAUUGCCCAAGACCUGACACCUGCUUAGACUCGGCAUCAGGCACUGCUCUUUCAAUGGCUCCAUCUAGUUCAGGCAGAAGCACUCUUCCUGACCACCCCAGUGCUCCUGCCCUCUCUUCCUCCAUCCUCCAUCCUUGACUGGCACACAGGAAACUCUUCCUUCUCUUCCGUCCUGAUCAUUAGAAUUAUGAACAUGCCACACCAGAUUGGACUCCUGGCUUCAGUGCACCCUCCACCCUACCGAGGACAAGGGCUUUGGGUUCUAGCCUCUGCCCCCGUCCUGGGCAUGCUGAGCACACGCUCUGCCCUUGUACCCCACCCCAGACCUGCAUUUGUAUUUUGGAGGCCAGUACACACUGCACUUCCUUACUCUUUUGGAAAUGCUCCAUUGUGUAACCUUUCACAAAUAAAU